AAUUCUCCUAUAUGGCUCGUUUAGUGUCUUCGGUUUCCACCAUCUUUGUCAUGUUUCUACUUCUUGUCGUUAUUGAGAUGGGAGCAAAUAUGGUGGCAGAGGCAAGGAGUUGUGUAUCAAAAAGUUUUCGCUAUAAAGGACUAUGUUUGUUGGACCGCAAUUGUGCUCUUAUUUGCAAAACUGAGGGUUUCACUGAAGGACAUUGCAGAGGCUUCGCUUUCGGUAGUAAAUGCUUUUGCUACAAACCUUGUUAA